AUGUCAUCAGAGCCUAACAAGGAUCCAUUAUCAAGGGAUAGACUGGAGGUACCGAGACAGAUUGAAGGUACCUUGAAUGUUGAAGAUGAUCAUGAAGUCAUUAGUACCCACUGUGGCCCUGAUCACACUAGUAGUGUCAAGGAUGCAGGCUUUUGUGUCAGUCGGGGGUAACGGAAACACUCAUGUGACCAUUACUGGUUCUGCUGUGAUGGCAAAGAUCCAGGAGGUGUGUGAAGCAGUGGCUGAAUCAGAAGGAAGAAAAUUCAAUCCAACGGGCUCAUCACCUGAAGAGCUGCUGCGUGCGUGUCUGGGCACGGCCACAGGUGAGGUUUCGGGUGCCAAGUUCCGUACGGCACUGAAUCAGAUCUACAUGCAGAAUGGAUUUGUGGACCGUGAUUUCAUGGACAGUGCACCACACCACUUCAAUAAUGAGGCCUUCACUGAGGGGCGCAACCUCAUCAUUCAGGGAACUGCAGCCAUAAAAGCGAAUGUCCGCACUGACAACCUUCAAUCUGCCAGAGAAACACUAGGGAGAGUGUGUCACACACUACAGGAUUUUUACAGCCACAGUAACUGGGUUGAAUUAGGCAACAAAAGUCCAUAUGCCAACCUCAUCAGACCGGAUCUCAACAUUGAGAACAUUGCAGACGUUGCAAUGCCAACAUGCAGUGACUGUGCCAGUGGUACAUGUCCAAACCAGCUGCUGUCUGCUAUUCUGAAUGGGAAGUACCUCACUUCAGGAUACAUGGGCUUGUUCUCCUCUGACAAACCUCAAGGUAAAUGUAGCCAUGGUGGGGAGACUGAUCUCAGCAGUACCCAGAAUCCUCGAGGUGGGAUCAGUAAAGAUGAACGCCGUUCCCAUAAUGCUGAUCUACACAAUAAUGCUGUGAACCUGGCAUCUGAAGCCACCCUGGAGCUGCUGGAGGACAUACGUGGAGCUGUAGGGAACAAGGACUACCUUCGACUGAUGGGUAUUGCACGAUCUGCAGUGCUGGCUUUUGUAAUUGACACCACAGGCAGUAUGUCGGACGACAUUGCAGAAGCCAAGAGAGUCGCCUUCAACAUCAUUGACAGUAAGAAAGGAACUCAAGAUGAACCAUCUGAAUAUAUUCUGGUGCCGUUUAAUGAUCCAGGUUUUGGACCACUAAUAAGAACCACAGACCCAGAUAUAAUGAAGUCAGAGAUCUCUAAACUCUAUGCCCAUGAUGGCGGAGACCUCCCAGAAAUGUGCCUGUCAGGACUUCAGUUGGCUCUGACAGGCGCUCCCUCCUCCUCGCAUAUAUAUGUGUUCACCGACGCUCCACCAAAGGAUACAUACCUGGAGAAAACCAUCACCGCCCUCAUCCGCAGCACCAAGUCUACGGUGAACGUCUUCAUGACAACAUCAAGGAGGAGGAGAAGGGCAUUGAAGGCAGGGCCAGCUUUUCAGGUGUAUUUUGACGUGGCCUUGGCCUCUGGAGGUCAAGCCAUUGAGGUUCCCAAGUCCAGCCUCUCUCAAGCCACUGACAUCAUUGUUGAUACCUCCACCUCAGCCCUGGUGACAAUUCUUCAGCGCUCCAGGGAUCCAGGACGUGUGGAGAGUUUCUCCUUCCUACUGGAUGAGUCUGUGUCCAACACUACUAUCUAUAUCACAGGAAGUAGCCUCACAUUCAACCUACGCAGCCCGACAGGUGUCUCUCAAUCUAACACUGUUUCCAACGGACCUCUGGGAACAAUUCAUAAAGUAGGUAACCUGCAACGGAUCCAAUUAAAUGAAACUGAGAUGGGCCUGUGGCACAUUGACAUGACGACAACUCAGUCCUACACCAUAAAAGUGAUUGGUCAGAGUGCGAUUACAUUCAUCUAUGACUUUGUGGAGGAAUUCAAAGGACCUCAUCCUGGAUAUGCGGUCAUUGAUGGGCGGCCGUCAGCAGGUUUACCGGCUAAGCUGCUACUAACACUGACUGGAGAGAAAGGUCCAGAGGUUCUAGAGGUGCAUGAGGUCGCUCUCAUGGAGGUGUCUGGGGUCAAAGUGUCUAAUGGAACCAUAGAGAAAAUGGGUGGUGGAGAUUUCCUAGUUACUGUGAAAGAAGUGCCAGAAGGAGAGUUUGUGGUCUUGCUAAAAGGAAAAGACAAGACCUUCUCCAGCCUGUUCCAGAGGCAGACCACCACACAGAUGUCUCAGUCCAAAGUCACUGUCAAGGCAAUAGCGGACAGCUCCAUGCUACCAGGACAAGUAUUUAAACUAAAUUUUACUGUUACAACCAAUGGAUCAAGCGGUACCUACACAAUUCGUGCAAGGAAUGACAAAACCAUCCCUAUGACACAUCCAUUAACGCUCAAUCUGGAGAGUGGCGGCAGUGCUCAAGGGACAGUGUCUCUCACUCCUCCUGCAGAUACGGUCUCAGGCACAGAUGUUACGCUAACCAUCGAGGCAGAGGGACCUGGAGGAAGUGAUUCUAACUAUGCUGUCAUUCGCCUUUCUGUUCUCUCCAAGGUGACUGACUUGACACCUCCAAAAUGUGAAAUUGUCGAUGUACAGGGUACUUGCUACGCCUCCUCUUGCAGCUCAUCAAACUGGGAACUGUCUGUCAACAUCACAGACGGUAAAGGCACAGGCAUUGAGAGCAUUUCCAUCCAGCAAGGCAGUGGAAAUUUAACCCAGAAGGAAGAGGAAGACACUGUGAUGGGUCUAUAUGAGGCCUCCUGUUGUUCAACUUCUGUGACUUUAUCCGCAGUUGACAAGGUUGGGAACGUAGGCAGGUGCAGUUACACCAUGAAGUCUAGCGCAGGCUCUCGCCUCAUCAGCAUGUCCCUCCCGCUGUGGACAUCUCUGCUUUUCUAUGUUUUUCUACGUGACGCAUUUCCUCUGUAAUGAUAUGGAGUACAU